GGUCCUUUGACGUGCUGACGUGCUGACGUGCUGAGGAUGUAUCUUACUGACCUCUGGUGAUCCUCUGAGUUUUUAUCCAGUGCCACCAUCAGGUCAAAACUGCUAAAAAGCGCAGCUCACGUGUCGGACUCCUCCGGUGUGAAGACAGUGUGUCCGAUAGGCACAUGACUGCAGCGAGAGACUAAAGCAGCUCGUCCAAAGGGGCUUGUUCCACGCGAAGAUCAGAUCGGCUUUCGGCAAAGGGGGCAGAUGGAUGAUCCUUCUCUCCAGAGGUCUGGAGUGACAGAUGACAGAGGGACUGAUACAGAGGGAGAGAGAGAGAACAAGAGCGGCGACGUCAGAAAGGGUCACUGCGGCCGAUAACAGAAAACAGAAGCAAAGGCCUGGUACAUCGAUCGGGAGGCGAGAAGAAAACAACCUGUUCCUCCACUUUGACCUGAAAGAAGAGAAGCCACUUGCAACACCUUGGACACAACCAACCACGCCAGGGGAAACCAGCCGAAUUCAGAUAUAGAGACUAAAACUAUCCAGCAAAGAUUUGACAGAUGGGUGGAUGCAGCAGGCAGCAGCCAUGGAUAUGAACAAUUCAGUUUUUAGCUCCAAACUAGGGACUCGUAAAACGCUUGUCUAUAUCAUGUGGUGGAUGUGACUAAACAUCGAGAAGCAACACAGGACGUUUUGGCUCAUCAUAUGCCUUGAGAACUCAUCGCCAAUGAUCUACUGGCAAGAAAUGGGAGAUUCAACCCUCAGUGAACAAUUUGCGACCGUUUGCAGCUAGCAAGACUUUACUGAAAUACAACUCCAGAACCAUUGUAGCUAGUUCCUCCCCAUGCCCUCUUCCCCAUCCCUGUCAUUCCCCAUCCCCCAAGGUGUGCCCUCCCUGUUUUCUCCCCUUCCCCCAGAUCCCAUUUUCAUCAGUCUGUACUUUUUUAAUGAUGUGCUCUUGAUUAAGAAUCCAUUUUGGAAGACACACUUUAAAACUCUUCUAAUAGGUUAGGUUAUCUUUCUCUUUACCUUCUUCUUUCCUCCACUGGUGAAAAAAGUGAAUUUAAACCAGGGGGGGUCCACCCUAUUUUCAACCUCCAUUAGGGUAAGGGUCUCACUUUGGGAUGGGUGGCCCAGCAAGGGCUCUCCUUGGUGGGUUCGGCACCACCACCUCCUCUCUGGAGGUUGGAGGUCGGGUGUCUUGGCCAAGCAACAACCCUCUGGAUCUCAACCAAACACUGCCAUGGGGGGUCGUUGGAGGUGGUGGUGCGGCAGCCAUGAGUGCAGGUCUGGACAAUUUUACCCAGGAGUCUGUCACCAAGGCCGUGAUCAAAGAGAAAAACUGGCCGGCGCUGCUUAUACUCGUCAUCAUCGCACUGACGAUCGGCGGCAACAUCCUGGUGAUCCUGGCGGUGUCACUGGAGAAGAAGCUCCAAAACGCCACCAACUUCUUCCUGAGGUCACUGGCUGUGGCAGAUAUGCUCGUAGGCAUCCUGGUCAUGCCAAUCUCCCUAAUCAACAUCCUCUACGACUACGCCUGGCCUCUGCCCAGCACCCUGUGUCCAAUCUGGAUCUACCUGGACGUGUUGUUCUCCACCGCCUCCAUCAUGCACCUGUGUGCCAUCUCCCUGGACCGAUACGUCGCCAUCCGCAACCCCAUAGAGCACAGCCGCUUCAACUCCAGAACCAAAGCCAUGAUGAAGAUCGCCGCUGUCUGGACCAUAUCUAUAGGUGUGUCGAUGCCUAUCCCAGUCAUCGGCCUCCACAACGAGGACAAGGUCUUCGUCAAUGGCAGCUGUGUCCUCAACGAGGAGCGCUUCAUGCUGAUUGGCUCCUUCGUGGCCUUCUUCAUCCCACUGGUCAUAAUGGUGGUGACAUACUGCCUCACCAUACAGGUGCUCCAGAGGCAGGCCACUGUCUUCCUAUAUGAGGCAAAGACUUCCUCCCAGCAGCCUUUGCACACACCAGCAAUGACAAAUACAUUGCAGCCUCCGUCCAGCACCUUCCACCUUCCCCAGAUCAACACGCUUGCCCCGCCAGACUCGCAAGAGUUAAAGCCCCCGCCCCCUCAGAGCAGACGGAACACCCUGAGCUGUCUGAAAGGAGCGGAGCCCAGCAUACUGCUCAGCGCCUCCACGUCGGACAGCAUAAGCAUCAUGCCCAGCUCUGAGGUGGCGUCCCAGCUCAGCUCGCCGGUCGCGGGGCCGGGGCGGAGCGACACGUCGGGCUGCCACGGGCGACGGGGGAUGAUGCAGGCCAUAAAGAAUGAGAGGCGGGCCUCAAAGGUCCUGGGUAUUGUCUUCUUCCUCUUCCUCAUCAUGUGGUGUCCGUUCUUCAUCACGAACGUCACCUUCGUCCUGUGCCACGACUCAUGCAACGAGUCGCUGCUCCAUGACCUCCUCAAUGUCUUCGUCUGGGUGGGUUACAUCUCCUCCGGAGUCAACCCUCUCGUCUACACCCUCUUUAAUAAGACCUACAGGAGAGCGUUCUCCAGCUACAUCAGGUGCCAGUAUAAAAUGGGGGCCAACGCUGCCGGACAGAGUUGCAAAACGCUCCUGGUCCCCCCACCGUGCCCGUCACACACUGUGACUCCUCUUCUGACGGGCAGUCACAGGAAAGCAGGCGUGGACCGCAACAGUAACUGUCCCAACGGCAGUAGGGGGGACAACGGGAGGCUGACGGUGGACCCGGAGGACACGACAGAUGACGGGACACAAAUCGGAAUAGCGUCGCUGAGCCUCUCCGAAUGCCACAACAUCGUCAUUCUUUCGGAGACAGAGCCGGAAACGGAGGUGGAGCAGGAGCUGUCACUCAUCAGCUACAGCCCUGCUUCCAGAGAACACACAAGCAGCGUGUGACUGCGUGCUUUCGUUGUCGCUCUUGUCCGUCCUCCUUUCGACCCGCAGACACUGGGCCGAGCAGCACUUCGACGAGCUGGUACUUGGGGCGCACAGCCUUUUCACGGGUUUCAACUCACACGGAAGGAAUGAAACAGUCCAGAAAGGAAAGAAAGAACAAACAAAGAGCAAUCAACAACACGC